AUGUCCGCUUCUACCUGGUCUAUACAGCCCGACGACCAUGUGCGUCUGGUAAAAGCCGCAUUUGAAGCGAAGGAGUUCGCAUACUGCAGAUACUCGAAUUUCAGAGUCGGUGCGGCGCUGCUCACCACAACUGGUGAGAUAAUCAAGGGUGCCAACAUCGAGAAUGCUUCAUAUGGUGGCACCAUCUGCGCUGAGCGGACCGCAUUCGUAAAAGCCGUGAGCGAAGGCGUCCGCUCAUUCACCGCUCUGGCCGUCGUCACCGACGUCGCCUCCGCGAUCUCGCCGUGCGGCAUGUGCCGCCAGGUGAUCAGGGAGUUCUGCGCGGAGAACAUGCCGAUCCUCCUCGUCCCCGCCGACUACGAGAAGCGUCUCGCAGAGGGAAUUCCGAAUGGCGGUGUCAAGGAGACGAGCAUAGGGGAGCUCCUCCCAGACAGCUUCGGACCGGAGGACCUUGAACGGCCAAGAGGCCAAUAACUGCAAUGAGGGUAGGCAGAGAUGUGAACGCACAGAUGUAUUUCGUGUUGUACAAUACCGACCUAGAAGAUUUUUGACCC